GCCGCGGCCUGGCGGGGGUGGUGGUUUGCCUUCUGGCUGCUGGUGACAGGUUUUGGUAUUAUGAGCCGCGGAUGCCUCACAUGGCCCGGAGCACCAUGGCGGGCUCGACUGUGGAGUCCCUUUACUCGCAAAAGGAUACAACACUGAAUAAGCGAGGGCGAUUUGAAGAUUUGAUGGAAGAGCGCAGGCAGAGCAGCGAUCUGAAAUAUGCCAUGCGAUGUUACACUCCAGUGGUUUACAAGGACCUUGUGCCCCGAACACCUAGUGCUCUUAGGAGUGCCGUGUUGAAAUCUGAUUCUGUGCAAUAUGUUAUCAAGCAGCUAGCAAAAGAAACUGGUGAAUCCAUGGAUAUUAUCAGUGAUGAAGCAGCUGACAUUUUGGAGAAAAUGGGCCACAGUCUUCACUUAAGCGUUGUACGAUUCUUUGCAUUCACUCUGAGCAAAAUCUUUAAAGCCCUCUUUCAGAAAGUACAUGUAAAUGAAGAAGGAAUUCAGAAGCUCCAUCAGGCUAUUCAAGAGUAUCCAGUUGUUCUGCUACCAAGCCAUCGCAGCUACAUAGACUUCCUCAUGUUGUCAUAUAUAAUGUACACUUAUGACCUCUCCUUGCCAGUUAUUGCUGCUGGAAUGGAUUUUAUGGGAAUGAAAAUAGUCGGUGAGAUGCUGAGGAUGUCGGGCGCUUUUUUCAUUCGACGUUCAUUUGGAGGAGAUAGACUUUAUUGGGCUGUUUUCUCUGAAUAUGUGAAAACAAUUCUAAGGAAUGGCGAUGCACCCAUUGAAUUCUUUGUGGAGGGCACAAGAAGUCGUACUGGAAAGUCACUGAUGCCAAAAUUAGGGCUGUUAAACAUAGCAAUCGAACCUUUUCUGAUGGGGGAGGUUUUUGAUAUGUACUUAAUUCCCAUAAGUAUAAGCUAUGAGCGAAUCCUGGAGGAGUCCCUCUAUGCACAUGAACUUUUGGGCGUUCCAAAGCCAAAGGAAUCAACUUCGGGUUUGCUGAAGGCUAGGAAGAUUCUAAGUGAAAACUUUGGAAGCAUACAUGUUUACUUUGGCCAACCUGUGUCAGUGCGAUCCUUAGCAACAGGAAUUGUUAGGAGAUCUCAUUAUAAUUUGUUACCCAGGCAUAUUCCACGGAAGCCUUCUGGAGAUGUGUACAGUUUUCUUGAUACUCUAGGCCAUAGAAUAGUAGUCCUUCAACAGAAAAAUAUGGUAAUGAGUCCCUGGGUACUAAUGGCUACAGUGGUCAUCCAGAACCUGCCAGGCCUAACUCUGUCAGAUCUAACUAGGCAGACACUAUGGCUCAAAGCAAUUGCAGAAACAUUUGGUGCUUUCAUUGACUGGCCAGAAAACGUAACACCUGACAAAGUGAUUCGUUCUAAUCUGGCCUUACACCACAGUAUAGUGAAGACAAUCAAAAACCAGGUCAUGCUCUGCCAGGAAGACACUCCAGCUAAGUUCACAGUGGAAAAGAUUUUCAAGCACACAGUCUCAGUGCUGAUGUGUGCUUCCUACAGAAAUCAGAUACUGCAUGUCUUUGUACGCCCUGCCCUGAUAGCAAUUGCAUUUCAAAGCACACAAAGCUGCAGGAGAGAGGACAUUUACAGCUGCUUCAGCUACCUGCGUGAAGUUCUGUCUGACGAGUUUGUUUUCUCACCAGGGAAUAAUGUCAAGGAUUUUGAUGAAGGCUUGUACUUGCUGAUGAAGAGUGGUGCUAUUCAGGGAUCUCAGGCUGAUCUCUACAUCUCUGAGAAGGGGAGCACCACUAUUUCCUUUUUAUCAGUGAUGUUUACACCUUUUCUAGAAGGUUAUCAGGUUAUAUGCAAGUACCUGUUACACUCUGAAUUUACAGAUGAUUUUACCGAGAAGAAGUUUAUUGCUGCAUUCCGAAACUAUGCAGCAGAGCUCAUUCUAACAGGUGCCAUAAAGUACAAUGAGGUCCUUUCAGUGGAUAUGCAAAAAAACGCCCUUGCUGCUUUAAGCCGUCUAGGUGCUGUGGAAAAAUUUAAGACAGCUGAUGGGAUCAUCUGUAAGGUUAAUAAACAGACUCUCAGUAGGGUGGUGGACAUGUUGGUGCCCAGGAUGCCAGUGAAAAGUGCUGCUGUUGCCAGACUCUGAGUGCAGUCUAACAACACACGAUUGUUCCUGGAGUAGGUGGAAGUUGUUGGGUUUAUAAGUCAAUGAAAGUGGGAACCAAAUGCAGCUGGCAAAAGAUGUUGCUUCGAAUGGAUCUAGUGGGCUGAUGACUUAAUCAAGAAUCCAAGGUCACAAGAACCUGAUCUGCACUGAUCGGAAGCAGGAAAUCCCUGUAACUACUCAGUUCAUGCUUCAAAUUGCUUUCACCUGUGGUGUCUUUUUUUUUAUAAUAUAUAUAUAAGUGGAGAGUUUGUUUCAUGUAAACACAUAGUAGUAUUGAAAUGUGUUCUUCAGAACCACAUUCAGUUAAAAGUGCAGCAGAGCCUAAAAGGUCAAGUUUACAGUAUACUCUUUAGCCCCUAAUGGGACAAUGCUGUUUAUCAUAAAUUUCUGCGAAGCAUUUGUUUAAUCUGGAGAUUCAGUGGAUCUGUCUUCAAAAUCUAGUCUUGGACAAGGCUAUUUCUGUUGUCAACAUUUCCAAGCAAUAGCUAUUGUGGAGUAAGACCUGUUUUGAGCAGGAGAGGCCUGUUUGCAUUUGCGUCAGACUCAAAAUUUCAUCGAAGUUCAUCUCUUCAGUUCACAUACGGCCUUAAAUGCCAAGGGUGGUAGUGGGGUUUAUAUUGUUCUUUAAAGUCCCUUAAAAUUGGAUAAAGUCUUUUUAACUUUUAUACUGUAGAUGGAACAGCAAAAUCAGAAGCUUUUGCAAAUGCAGAAAAUGCCUAGGGUAAAAGCACUUAAUCUAAUCCAGGGCACAACAGACAGUGGGAAUUGUAAUGGUAAGAAAGGUAGCAAAAAUGGGCAGGGUUGAGCACUUUUUACUUUGUACAUGGAUGUCAAUGAAUUGGCUACAAACAUUUAGCAUCUGUUUAUGCUGUGUGCUUCACAGCAUUGUCAGAAUUUAGAAAAAGUUUUAGCUUUGCGGCUGUCGAGUUUGGAGGUGGCUUUCCCACAUUGUGGUGAUUGCACUUGAGGGAGAAAUAUUUUAAUAGAUUUGAAACCACCCAGGACGUGCUGAGGAGCAGGUGAAGGUUUGUUUAACUUGUUCUAUUUAGAUCCAGGAAAUCGCUCCAGAAAUUGAACCACUCCAAAAUGGUCACUCUGUUUGUUAGCUCAUACAUGGUCACUCUGCUAAUUAACUUUCUCUAGAAAUGGGGAGGUGUGGCCACUACUGAAAUGCAGAGUUUACGGUCUGCCUCAUAAUUGAAUUACUCCUGAUGUACACUCACUGUCAGUUCAGGCCACCCCAGAAAUGGGAAAUGUGCCCUCACUUUGCUGAUUGGCUCACUGCUAAAACGGAGCCAUGUUUGGAUCACUCCUGAAGUGAACAGACAGUGUACAGUUCUUGUCUGAUAUCUGGGUCACUUCACUUCCAAGCUGGGAAUGAUGGUUGUUCAGAUAUUUGGGUCAAUUCCACAAUGGAGAUUGUGGUUACUCUGAAUAUAGGGUCACUCCUGAAAUAAGAAUAUGUGUUACUGUAGACAUAAAGAUAGGGGUGAAGUGUCACGUGGUUACCUCAGUAAUUGUCUCUAAACAAGUGGUCACUUUGAUACCUUAGUUUAACAGCCAAUGUUUGGAUGAAUUUGUUUACAGGUAGUGGAACUCAACCAUUUCAGUUAUAUGAAACCCUGCUCCAACCAUUCUGUUUAAAUAACAUUUAAAAUGUGGUUGGAUAUUUGCAAUAUUCCUUAAUAAGUUAACAGUGCUAAUCCAAUUAAAUGCCUACAUUUAUUUAUAUUGUA